CCCUCCCUCGGUUUUUGUAAAAAUAUUCCUGCCAAGCGGGUGGUUUGAGGAGAGUUGGAAACUUCAGAGGCGGAAUCUGCCUGCCUCCUUCAGUCACACAGACACACACACACCCAUGCAUGCACACACACACAGACACACACACACACACAGACUCGCAGCUGCAGCUGGGGCACAAGCACAAAACGUACUAGCGACGCAACAGUCCGGACUAACUUUCCUGUCCCAUACCCUUCCUCGCCAUGGGAACUUUCCUCGUUCUCAUUGCUGCUGCUUUCUGCUUCGUUGGCGGUCAGCACCAGGGCCUGAUCGACUACCUGGAGCAGAGGCUGGUGGCCAUUGAGGGCCGCAUCUCGGUGUGGCACGAGCAGUCCAACCGCUACGCCACGGAGCUGCUGGAGUUCAAGCAGCAGAUGAGCGCGCUGACGGAGAGCUUGGAGAAGGGCCACGCCGCCCUGCUUGCCGACGCACACGACGUGGGCAGCCGCGUGGACCGGCUGGAGCGCGAGCUGGACUACGUGGAGACGCAGAACCCGGCUCCGCCCUGCGCGGACACGGACAAGAACCUGAUGGAGCCGGGGAUCGCAACCGUGAAGGAAAAAAACAAGGCUGAGUACGACAAGCUUUCACAUUGCAGAGACAUGAUCUCCAGCAUCAAAGCCAUGAAGAUCGUGAAGAAGGCGGGCGGCCCGAAGGGGGCGUGGUUCAAAGACACGGCGAGCGGGGCGGGGAAGGUCUACGUCUUCAACGGCACCGGCGAGGGCGUGCUGUACGAGUUCGGCUCCGCCCGGGACCUGGCGGCCUCCGCGGGGCUGUCCCGCGGCCGGCCGCUCGACCUCCCGUUCCCCUGGAGCGGCACGGGCCACGCCGUCUACAGAGGCCACGCCUACUACGUGACGGAAGGGCCGGAGUUCCAGCUGAUCAAGUACGACCUGCAGAACGGGUCCGUGGCCGACAGCGCCGUGUUCCCCGCCGAGGACCAGGUGCCUGUGUACGGACUCUCUCCGGAGACCUAUAUCGACCUGUCGGCGGACGAGGGGGGACUGUGGGCGCUCUUCGCGACGCGGGACACAGAGAGCGUCAUCUCUCUGGCCAAGAUGGACCCGGGCUCGCUUGAGGUGGAGCAGAUGUGGGACACGCCCUGCCCGCGAGAGAACGCGGAGGCGGGCUUCGUGGUCUGCGGCACGGCGUACGUGGUGUACAACACCAGGCUGGCCAGCCGCUCGCGCGUGCAGUGCGUCUUCGACAUCGACGGCCUGGUGAGCAGCGACGAGGCCCCGCUGGUCUACUUCCCCAAACGGUACAGCACCCACUCCAGCCUCAAGUACAACCCCCUGGAGAAGCUGAUCUACGCCUGGGACGACGGCUACCAAAUUCUCUACAAGAUGGUCAUGAAGAAGAAGCUGGAAGUGUGAAUGCCCCCUGGUGGCCAGUGAUAUAACCAGAUAAUAAGUAGCACAUAAUGGGCUGUUUAUUGGGGGUUGGGAGCAUCUACCUUAACUGGCUACCCCUUUAUUUUAUGCAUAAUAGUUUUUAUGUAAGUUUGGCCAGCUGUAGUAAAAUUAACGUACUCAUUCACAUUUUCACAAGAUGUAUUUCUAUUUCACAGCAAACAUUAUAAAUCCAGAAAACAUUCUAAUACAUUAAGACAAUGUCUUAAUUACACCUUUCUGUAAUCCUGGUGUUCAGAGUAAUGGUUAAAAUUGCACUCCUUGUGUCAUAAUUUUGAGACUAGCGAGUAGGAACAUAGUUAUUUUGCAAAUACCAUUCCGAGCAGUGUGGCAUGGAUUCUUAAUUUCAUCAGUACCCGGUACUUUAUGACCACAGUUCUUUAUUUUCAUUCCUCUCUGCUUGCAGUAUCCUUCAACAACUGUUUCAAUCCAAAUAUAAAUGUGACAUGUUUUCUUUUUCACCCAAAGCUGUCCCUGUACCUGUCUUUGCCACACCACAGAAUAAACAUCACUUCCUGUUGUUUUUCCAAA